CGGAGUUUUGUCCCUAAUGCCGUGCCAUAAUUUGCCGUAUUCCUGCAUCAAGUGUCGUAACAAUUAUCCCAGCAGCAGAGGUCACAACAAUUGUUCAGUAUGGGAGGUGACCACGGCCACAGCAAGCUGUCCAUGCCAGAUUGGCGACAGUGGAAGACGGAGGGAACGCCGCUGGAGUUCACACAGCAGAGGCUGGCUGCACGGGGUCUCAAAGAUCCAUGGGCACGCAACGAGGCGUGGAGGUAUUCAGGCGGCUUCGCUCGUGCUGUGACUCUGUCGGAAGUUCUGCUGAGAGGAUUCAAGUGGGGCUUUGCUGCCUUUACUGUAGCUCUGGCUGUAGAGUACACCAUGUUCCCUCCAAAGAAGGGUGGCCACUAAUGUUCAUCAUUGCCCAUCAACCCCAGAGCAUAUGCAAUUUAAUCUGAUUAUAUUCUGUGUUUUCUCUUGAUUAAAUAUCUUUGUAAUCGCACAA